AUGUUCGGCGAUACAGCUAAUAAGCUCAUCUUGGAUGCCAAAAGAUCUAGAGCACUAGAUGGUGUUCCAAUGUACCAAGAACACGAUGUCAGAGACAUCAUAAGGGAAACUCGUGAUUUACAGAAAGAAUCUGACAUCAUUGCAUCCCAGGAUACCAAUGCACAAGACCGCGUCAAACAAUGUCAGUUAUUCGUAACGCACUUAUCUAUGCGUCGCAACAAGCGUUGUCUAUUGGGUUAUCAGAGAUCUAGAGUCGAAAAACUCAUGGAAGUCGCAUGGAAUGGUCAGGAAAUGGAUCCGCAACAAAUGGAGAAUUUAUCGCAUCACGAGCAAGAGUACUUCAAGAAAUACAGUAACCUAGUAGCAUUAUACAAAAGCCCUUUUCAAGACGUGGAUGUUAGCGGCUCUUUGGAACCACCUAAAGAAGUAUUUAUCGAUGUGCGUGUAUUGAAAGAUGCAGGAGAAAUAUUGACAGAGUAUGGAGUGUUUAACUUGACUAAAGAUUCUCAAUUCUUCGUCAGACAAGCAGACGUGGAGAAGUUAAUUCAGCAGGGCUACUUGGAGAAGUUAUAA